GCUGCGGCGGUCGCGCCUGCGCAGUGCGCCCGAGCCGGCGCGGCCGGGGUCACCCUGAGCUGGGACGGCGCCGCGAUGCUGACCAGGUUUCUGGGUCCGCGCUACCGCCAGCUGGCCAGAAACUGGGUAUCCACGGUGGGCAUGUGGGGCGCCGUGGGCACCGUGGGGCUGGUGUGGGCCACUGACUGGCGGCUGAUUCUGGACUGGGUGCCCUACAUCAACGGCAAGUUUAAGAAGGAUGACUGAUGAAACCCACCCCUCUCAGACCCGUCCGGUGUCUGGUGGUGCUGCCUCCUUCCAUCUGCAUCUGGAGUGGCCCAGGCUCUCGGGAUGACCUCGAGGAAACAGCGCGCGUUCGAUUUCCUGUGUUGGUGGAAAUAGCUUUGGUGUGUGAACGCACACGGCAUUAAACGUCGCUCUGAAACC